AAUAAUGGGCAGGAAGCUCGUCUCUUUUGGCACUGUAACCAAAAUCAUCAUCUCACGCUCCUCUGAAAAUGAGAUUCUAAAGUCAGUCACUCUUCCGUAGUCGGUGCCGUUCUUCAUACUUUUCCUUCUCUAAUCCUUCUCCAAGAAGUGUUCGUACGCCGGAGGGAAUGACGUCUCCCGGCGGGGGAUCAUCGGCGCGGCUUCCGACGUGGAAAGAGAGAGAGAACAACAAGCGGAGAGAGAGGAGACGGCGAGCCAUAGCGGCCAAGAUUUUCUCCGGGCUAAGAGCUCAGGGAAACUUUAAGCUUCCCAAGCACUGCGAUAACAACGAGGUCUUGAAGGCUCUCUGUAGAGAAGCUGGUUGGGUUGUGGAUGAAGAUGGCACUACCUAUCGCAAGGUAAUAAUUUCAGUUUCGUUUAUUCUUUAAUCUAAUGUUUCUAGCAUUUCUGAUCUCAGAUCUUGGCAAAUUGCAAGUUUCCCUUUAUAAUCAAAUAUGGUUUUUGAUUGUUGUGGUGAAUUGGAGCGGUGGGAGCAACCUAACAUAAACACAGAUGUGUUUAGUUUUUAAGAAAAUUUAAUUUAGAGGUAUGCUCGUGCUUAGCUCUCCCUCGUAUAAAUAGUCUUGCUCGUUAGAUGUUUGAUAGAACUCCUCUCAGAUUAAUCUGUGCGAAGCAAUAACCAUUGGACAGAAUUAGGAUCUCCACCCGUUGGCUCCAUAAAAUCCUUUCUUUUACUUCCAAGAUGCUGACUUUUUCUUUAUGGUGAUCCACAACGAGAUCUCCAGUUGAGUUCAUGAUCCGCCAAAUCUCUCUGCACCUGAAGAGGGAUGCACAUUUUGUAUCGUUUUCUUGGUUCAACGAAUGCUAUUUACUCUACAACAACAACAUCCAAGCCUUCGUCCCAUAAGAUUACUCUGAUGGGGUCAACGAAUAGUACUUAUUCUGAUGCCAAAAAAUAGAAUUAGUCGAUCCUUGUAAACAAAGUUAGUGUAAAAAGUUCUAGUCCGGAAGGGAUUAAUCUGGGUGAAGUGUGCAUACUUACAACAGCACCGGUUUAAUGCCAAUGUAUUUGAAUUUGUUGCAUUAUUGGUGUGAAUGAAUGUGUUAAUAAUAUACAUAGUACUUCCUUUAGAACUCGCUCUAUGGAAAUGCUAACUGUUCUUAUAAUCUGUCAUACAGGGGCAAAGACCAUCUCCAAAUGAGAUAAUGGGAAUCUCAACAAGCAUAAGUGCAUGCUCUUCAGUCCAGCCCAGCCCAAUGUCAUCAUCCUUCCCCAGCCCGGCACCUUCUUACCCUGCCAGCCCUAGUCGGAGCCCUGCUCGAGGUGAUACCAAUCCCCCGUCCUACAUCUUACCCUUCCUCCAAAACUUGUCUUCUGUUCCAUCUUCUUUGCCUUCACUACGUAUAUCCAAUAGUGCCCCUGUAACCCCUCCUAUUUCUUCUCCCACCAAAGGGCCAAAGCGGAAACCUUCAUUAGAGCCUCUCUCCAACAUUCCGUUCUAUGCUUCCCACCAUACGUUCUUUACUUGUUCUGCACCAUCAAGUCCUACCAGACGCCAACAUUGUAAACCGGCUACAAUUCCAGAGUGUGAUGAGUCUGAUGUGUCAACAAUUGAUUCUAUUCGUUGGGUCACCUCCCAGACAGGGGUUCCCUUUGUUGCCCCAGCAUCCCCCACUUUUAACCUCGUAGAACCGUUUUCUCAGCAGAUCAAUCUAUCUGCGGUCGAUGGGCAUGGUGACUUUGAUUGGGUAGGAGCAGCUAAAAGGGCACGGUGUGCUGAGUUUGAUUUUGAAAAUGGAAAAGUGAAGGCAUGGGAGGGUGAGAAAAUACAUGACAUUGGUAUGGAUGGUUUAGAGCUGACACUUGGGAAUGGAAAAGCUACUGCGUAAGCCACGGAAGAAAGAGAUUCUGUUGGUGGGUUUCUUAAGCCCUAAUCCUCUUGACCAAACUGCUAGCAUGAAUGUUCUUUCUUUUGUAGUGCAACAUAGAUGAGCAUCGUGCUUGAAGCCACCUGUUGUUGCUUCUACUUCUUACGUGGACUGUCGUGCAUCCUCUGAAUUGUACAGUAAUACACUUACUGUGCUAAGUGCCUAUUUAUGUGAUCUAAAUGGUUCACUUUAUUAGUCCAUAUGAGAUAUGAAUGGAUGAUAUGUGAUGAUGGUGGCUUUGGACUAUUUCUCAUCCACUUCUUCAUUAACUUUGUUUAGAUGUUUUCUUUUGAUAUUUCUAGUUGCUUGAAGGCCUUUAGGUCAUCUACAGCUCACUUUCAAGUGACUUGUUGGGUCAUUAAGACAUUUCAAGAUUAUUUCUCGCUCUCAUUUGUAAUGAGACAUGGAAAUAGUAUCGAUUUACUGAUAAUUUUUCUUGUAGAAUAUCUUGGGCAAGUACUUUUGUGUUCUUAUUAUUGGUUCCUAAUAAGUUUAUUAGUUUACUGAAUAUAGCUCAAACUUUGAGUACCUACGGUAGGUUUAUGCUGAAACUGUGCUCAGAGCCUCAGAAGAACCGAAUGACGGUGAAUAGCCAAUGACACAACAUUUUCAGCUCUACUGGGGGAGUACUUAUCUUCCAACUUCUUUGAAAAGACAUAGGCAUUGGUUUCUUGUGCAAUGUGGUGGAGUACACUAAGAUUAAUCCAUGGUCCGAUUUGACCAAUAGCUUUGUAUUUAUUUUCUUGGUUUUUUGCCUUGAAUAUUACCAUAUUUAAACUGAUUUUCAAAAAUGUGACCAUUUUAAAAAAUGACAAAAAUGUGACUAAGGUCACAUAUUUGGAAAA